AUGUCGUUGCCAUGGAGCGAGGCACUUGCGUCCUUUGGCACAUCCGCCAUUGACUCCCGGUCGUCGGAAUGCAAGCUCUCCCCGGCGGCCAGUGCCUUCAGCGCCAUGCUGUCAGCAUUCAUCGGCUCCGUCGUCAACGGCCUCACAAACGGCUGGGUUGUUGCGUUCAUGACGGGAUGGAUAGCAUGGCUCGCUAUCUUCCGAGUCCUUAUUGGCGGCCUAUAUAUGUUUUACCACGGCAUAACCGACACUUGGGGCCCGGGGAGGAGCAGCGACUUCGUUGACCCUCCCAUACCCGCCACCGCCUACGACUCCCACCAUCGCGAUGAAUCCCGUAUCGCCGACGAAAACGUCUACACAGGCGGAUGGCAGGCGAUUCCCGAGCCCGAACGAGAAGGGCAGCCAUCUAAGCUGCCCCUGGGGAUGGACCUCGACCGGAAGGUUACGGCGCUCGGCUGGGUCAGUCUGGUUUACACGGCGGUCUUCGCGCCCAUCACGCAGAUCCUGUUUGUCGCCGCCAAUGCGUCCCGGAACGAUAAUGGAUCGGCCAAGCUGGUCAAGGGGCUGACGGUCGCUGUCACGGCGCUGCCGUUGUGUAUCGACUGUCGGGUGCGCUAUGCGGACUCGCUGAAGUGGGGGCGGUACGCCUUCAACGUCUUCCUCAGUCUCAGCUGUCUGCUGCAGGGAGGCAUCAGUGCGGCCUUGCUGAUUACCGGGGUGGUCGAUCUGAGUCGGGGCGGUGAUGGUGGGCUCCCCUUGCCUGCCGUGGUGGUUGUAUACCUGGCCUUUUCGUUCUUGUGGAUGGCCGCGAGCGUUGCCCUGUUGCCGAUGCGCGAUGGCAAGAGGAAAGGCGCCGGGACGACGCACUGGGUCAUGUACAUCCUGGAUGUGGGGAUGGGUGCCUUUGCCGGCGUGUUCUUGGCUGCUCCCGCCUUUGCGCUGUAUCAAGGUGCCACAUUUGCGAACGACUCGAGCGGGAUGAGCGAUCUAGUGACAUAUCUCAGCUGUGAGAGACAGGGCUGGAGAAGGUUUGCGGCCGUGGCGCCGUAA